AUGUAAUGUGAAAUUUUAGAUUGGAAAGGAUAUUUAGUAUAGGCAAGCUUAGGAGUACUUUCAUUUACAGUAUUAAUAAGUAUUAUAAUAAGUUGAGUUAUAGUAAAAAGAUAUUUUGAAAGACCUAAAAGAGUUUGGAAAAUAUUUUUAAUGGUAUUUAAAUGAAAAAUUUAAAAAUAAGGAUUCAUCUAAACAAUUACUAUCAGCAUUAUUAGCUCAUAUUUUGAAUGUAAUAUUAGCAACAGAAUUAUCUGCAGAAACAGAUGAGAAUGCUUGCAUCUGGUAUUUUAUUACAUUUAUGUUGGAUUCAACAAUGGGUGUACUAUUAAUCUUUUUGCUCAUGAAAUCAUUAAAUAUGAUAUUUAACUUUUUUGAUAUGAGAGUAUAUACAAAUAUUAAUUAUUCAGAAAUUACAAAGUGGUAAUUAUUUCAAAAUCUAAGAAAAAGUAAGAAUUGAUUGGUAAAUGUAUGGAUGUCAAUUAUUUGUAUGGAAUUCAGUUGUAAUUGUGUCUAAAUUUAUAUUGUUUGGAUUCCAAGAACUUAUUGCUGAUUAAUUAAAUUAGGCAGGUAAUUUUCUUUUAUCUCCCAUAACCAAUCCUGAAUUGCUUUUAGUAUGUGUUAUGAUCAUUAUUCCAUUUAUUAUGAAUGCAAUUACAGUAAUAUUUUGAAUUAAUUAUUUUAAGUUCUGGAUUCAAGAUAAUAUUAUAAAAAAAAGUGAUUUUAGUAAUCAAGAAGAGAAAUAAUUAUUAAUUGGAACAUUUUAUGAAGGUACAUUAACUGAGUAGUUUACAUAAGAAUUAGCUGUUUUAUGA